CCUUUCCCUAUCUCUAGGCCCGCCCUUUGUCCUUCCACGCGCUCUUCCCUUUUCCUAGCCAGCGGCAUACUGGGCGGGGCGGGGGGAGGGCGUGGCCCCCGCCGGACUGGGCGUCGCGGCCUGAGUGAUAGGCAGGCGCAAACAAUGAGUUGCAGUCCAGCUGCGCGGAAGAGGGUCGCGCAGACGUCGGGUUCGCGAGCGGCGGCGCGCGGGCGAACGCGGAGCAGCCGUGAGUAAAGGGCCCUCCUCCGCGCGAAAAGUCUCCACAGCUUCUCCUCCGCUUCGCCUCUUCUGUCGCUCGCGGAGUUCUGCCUUGCUUUCUCUCCUGUGCUCCCUUCGCGUAACGCCCCACAGCCCUCCUUCGAAAGCCUUGCCUUAAAAAAAGGAAAACGACCACCAAUUCUGGACGUGGGUCCGUCUCUCCCGCACCUCAGGUUCCUCAGGGCUCGCGCAAGAAGAACGCAAAAGAGCCCCACCGUUUGAAGGGCAAGGCUGCUGAGACUGCAGCCCUUGGACCUUGUCUCCUCAGAGGGAAGCCUUCCUCCCAGGUCAAGGGGCUUCACGCUGCAACCUCCAGUUCCCCACAAGUGGCCAGGCAAGGGAAGUCCACAAGCAGGUAGAAAGCCAGCAGUGGAGGAGACGGCUAUAGAUGACCAUUACUGGCCACAAUGGCUAGACUCCGCCUCCACGGCCAGAGGCAGCCGUGCCUCUGAAGACCAGUGGCUGGAAACCACAGGAGGCGCGAGGGGUCUCGUUUGUGCUCAAAUCCUGCUUGCACUUUUCCCUCAAGCACCUGGUUGGCCACCGUGGGGACGGGAUGCCGGACUCAUCCAGCAAGCUCUUCUUAUGUUCCCUCCUUGUUUGCUGCCCAACACCUGAUGAGUAAUAUUGGCUAAUACAUUGUUUGUUUUCCUCUUAUUUUCUUGCCUAUCUUCUGCCAUGGAGCCAACCCCGAUGGGCAGGGUACAAAUAAUAAAAUCAUCAGCAUUAUUAUCCCCUGAGGUAGUGUUUGUGUGGUUCCCAGGUGGUCACCCAUCCGGGCAUUAACCUUCACAGCAGGGCCAAAACUAGACUUUAUUUCACCUGGGUUCAGCUUGGCACCUGUCCCCUCCCCCCACAUGCAUUUGUGUACACACACACACACACACACACACACACAGGAUGGAAGCCUCAAUGGCAACCUUAUGGAGACUUCAUCUGGGGCACAAAACCCAGCUAGUCCCAGUAGCUACGGUACUGUACACAGACUGGUUUAGCUUCACCGAACUGGUGGCCUCGCGUGUCUCCAGAUCAUGUUGCAGUAGCCAUUGAUAAACUUGCUUUUGGGCUUUCCAUUUCCUUUUAAAGUCAUCCAAGGCCAGCAGCCAUUGCCACAUCAUGCAAUGCUCAAUUCCCAAUAUUAAUUAUGAAUACUCUGAAGAGCUACCGGUACUUCCCUUUGUCUUUCCUGGAACUUCUGUGAUGUAAUUUCAUCCUGUCUGCUACUCACCCCGCAACACUCUAGUAUUGAAAGAGGAAGAGGAGGAUCCUCUUUAUCCAUGUUCUCUCGACUAUACAUAAUUCUAUAAUGUCACGGCACCCCUAAAAUCAUUUAAAAGUGUUUUAGCUAGUUUAAAAACUUAUUUUUUGUGCCCUAUGGACACUAUAUACUAUAUUCCAUAUUGAGUUGCUUCACCCUUUUAUACACACUCCUAAAAUAGAAUUGCUGUAAAAAAACCCCACCAACCUUCACACACACAUGCGCCAUUCCCUCUUCCACCCACAUAUUGUAUACCAGUGAUAUGUUUUCAUGGGUCUUAUUUAUACACAGCCAUGCUGAUUUUUCACACAUGGUUUGUAGCCACACAACAGUGUUGGCCUCUUCCCCACAUAUAACUGUAUAGCAGUGAUGUAAACGAUUUACAUUUAUCUGUAUCCUGCCUUUCUUCAAGAAGCUCAAACACAGUUUUGUUUAUUUAAAUACUUACCGGUAUCUGUUGCCUUUCUUGGCCAAGUUAAUUUCUCUCUUUGCAUUUCAUUCACUCCGCGUUUGUUCUUCACAACGACACAGUGAGGUCUGAGAGAUAGUGACAGCCCCAAAGUUACCAGGUGAGUUUCAUGACUGAAGUUGUGGGUGCAGUUUUCAUUACAAUUGCCCAAGAAUAUACUCUGCUCUGAUUAGUCUUUCUUUUGUCUUCUGCCAUCAAUGCAUUUCCACUUCAGGUUUCCUUAUAAAUGCAACUGCAUUAAGUAUUGGUAGGUUUCAAUCACUUGUUACCACAUUUUUAAGUUUAGCAGUUUGGCUGGCAUUACUGGGACUUGGAUAAGUGUUUUACUAUCCUCUCCUCCCCUGCGCCACAAGAUCCUACAUAUGAUUACUCAAAAGUAAGCUCCACUUAGUCCAAUGGGGCUUAUUCCCAGGUAAGGUGGACUCUCCUUCAUUUGAGGUUUUUAAAAAGUGUUUGGAUGACCAUCUAUCAAAGAUUCUUUAGCUGUGAUUGUUUAGCAGUGACAUUGGAGGGUUGAACUAGAUGGGCCCCUUCCAACUUUACAGUUCUACCAUUCAAAAUGAGAGAAGUCUUCAUCUGUUAAAGCCUUCUCUCACUGUGCAAAUCAUUUGAAAUGUCUGUAAAAUUUGGAACCAAUUCAUACAUUUAUUUUUGGGGUGCAGUAAAGUUCAUGUGAUGUCUUGACCACUUCAUUUUCACCUCUGAAAAUAAGGAGCAGUUUGUGUGAAAAAUAAACUGUUCCUAGGAGCACGAGUGUAUUACGUCGAUUAAAAAACAGUUAUUUCAUUCAGGACUACUGCAGCUUUUCAGCUGUAGGGAAUUUUGAACAAAUGGCUCCCUGUGUGAAAAUAAAAAGUACGAGGCCAUCACACAAGGGUAUUGCAACUUCAAAAUAGUUAUGUGAAUUGUUCCUAUGUUUGACUUGGAAGAACAUAUCCAGGGCCCUCCACUGCAUUUUAAAAUAAGGAGAAUGCAAGGCAUCCUGGGAACUGUAGUUUGUUAUGGAUGCUGCAAAGAGAGUAACUACAGUUCCCAGGAUUAGGGGAAAAGCAAUGUACUUUAAAUGUGCAUCGAAUACACUUUUAAUGUAUGGUGUGGAUCUGCCCACAACUUACUUUGUUUGCAUUUAAAAGAUAUAAUUUUAACUCAAAAAUGUGGGCACAACCUACUGAUGACUAACCACUUUCCAUUAUAAUGGGGAAUUUGGUACCCAUACAAUUCUCCCACUGAAAUAAAAAAUAUUUGAGUUUAGUUGGUAUGUGCUCUUGGAAGGGACUACAACUCCAUAGUAGAGUGCAAAGGGUUUGAAAUCCUGGCCUCUCCAUUUAAAACCACCUGGCAGCUGGUGAAGUGAAGUACACUCUCCCUGAGACCUUGGUCUAGUGCAAGGCACAGGCAAACUUGGCCCUCCAGAUGUUUUGGGACUACAACUCCCAUCAUCCCUAGCUAGCAGGACCAGUGGUCAGGGAUGGUGGGAGCUGUAGUCCCAAAACAUCUGGAGGGCCGAGUUUGCCUAUGCCUGGCCUAGUGAAUCAGAGUUGACAAUACUAGGCCGAAUGGACAAAUAUAGUCUUCCUUGCAGUAAGAUUAUGUGUCUUGUGUUUUUUUAAAGGUAGAAUUUAAUUUAAAUUAGUAAUUUUUUGGGGACGGACAGACAUGUUUUUAAGUGAAAGUUGGAAUUGACUUAGUGAAAUGGUUUUUGGAGGCACUGCUUUACAGCAGCCACAAUCUUAUUUCCAGGGUCAAAUUAUUGGGUGAUCGUCUUUUAGCAGUAGUGCUGUGGGGUGCAUCAAGGUACCAUCAUGUACCCAAUAUUGAUUAACAUCUAUAUGAAGCUGUUGGGAGUGGUGGUGAACUGGAUGAGGGCCAACAAACUUGACUCUGAAUCCUGGCAAGACGGAGGCAUAGUGUGUUGGUGAUCCUCAAGUCCAGAUAACUGGUCAGUUGCCUGCUUUGGAUGGGGUCAUACUCACCCUGCAAUAGCAGGUUUGUAGUCUGGGGUGCUCCUGUGUCCAUCUUUGCUUCUAGAGACCCAGGGAACCUCAAUGGUAAAAGGAGUGCCUUUUACCAGCUUCAAUUGGUAAGACAGCUGCAGUCAUUUCUGGACCGCAUUCACUGUCCACUGUUGCCUGUGUGCUGCUAAACUCCAGGAUUACUGCAAUGUGCUCUGUGUGGGGCUCCUCCUGACGUUGGUUUGGAAAUGGCAGCUACUGCAAACUACGGAAGUUCAGCUGCUCACUGGUCACUGCCUUAGUACGUCAUUGCUGAAAUAAUUCCUCUGCUAGUUAGCAAGUAGACGAAGUUUAGGUUUUGGUGUAUAAAGUCCUAUACAGCUUGGGACCAGGAUACAGGAAAGAUUGUCGAAAUUUGUCAGGUGCAUUUUGCAAUUGGCUAUUGGCCACUUGCAACCAAGUGAAGAUGCUCAGGUGCCAGGAUGACGCCUGACAUCACCACCUGGAGGUGCGUGCCUGGGGAUCCUUGGAUCUUGUCUGUUUUCACAUACUAACAACACAUCCUGUAGAAUUCUAUCUGUGAUAUUUUGUCUGCACGAUCAGAACGAAUUUCAGCAACCAAAAGAUCAUAUUGAAAAAUAGAACCUUCGAGCUGUCUGGCCCGCAAACAGCAACUAGACAUUCCUUUUUGGCCACUUGUAACCCUGGUUUUAGGGACGCGGGUGGUGCUGUGGGUUAUACCACAGAGCCUAGGACUUGCCGAUCAGAAGGUCACGGUUCAAAUCCCCGCGAUGGGGUGAGCUCCCGUUGCUCAGUCCCAGCUCCAGCCAACCUAACAGUUCGAAAGCACAUCAAAGUACAAGUAGAUAAAUAGGUACUGCUCUGGCGGGAAGGUAAACGGCGUUUCUGUGCACUGCUCUGGUUCGCCAGAAGUGGCUUAGUCAUGCUGGCCACAUGACCAGGAAGCUGCACGCCGGUUCCCUCGGCCAAUAAAGCGAGAUGGGCGUCGCAACCCCAGAGUCGGCCAUGACUGGACCUAAUGGUCAAGGGUCCCUUUUUAACCCUGGUUUAAGGAGCCAUUUGGUGCCUGGCUUACAUAUCAGCGUUUCUAACACUGCUCCCCCAUUAAUAUACCCAACUGACCAUUGUGAGCUACAGCUGAGGGCCUCGUGCUGACAUUAUUUAUGUGUUUGCCAUCCUGAGCAAGUGCAUAUAGAUUGAAAUAAUGGUGGUGGUAGUAGUAGUAGUAGUAGUCGUCAUCGUCGUAAGGAAUUUCCAGCCUUCCUUUAGCAAGUAGUUUAGUGUGUGUUAGAAUUAUAUCUGGAAAGCCCAAAUGAUUGUUGAGGGUGGGGCAGACUUUCACUAUAAUUCCCACGCAGAAAUAUUCUAGUGCAGCAGCUUGGAUAUUCAUUCCUGCACACAAGGGUUCCUCCACAAAACAGAUGGUUGGCACUGCUAGCUUUGGCAGCGCUGAUCAGACAUUUGGGCGGGGGUGUAUUUGGAAUUGGUCUUCCGCCCGAAACAGAUGAUUAGAGCAGGGAGUGCCAACCAUGUAGAGCAAAAAGCAUUCUCCAUUCCACAAGAGUCUUUAGCUGAGAUGCCGAAUGCCCUGCCCCACUUUAUCACAGUCUAAUGCAGGCCCUGUUCUAGAAAAACUAUCCAUCUGCUGGCCUGAAUCUGUUUUGAAUGAAGGUGAUGGUGUUUACUCACAUUAUAUUUUUUUAAAUGAUUUUAAAAAUGUUUUAAAAAUGAUUAAAUUUCAAAACUUGGAUUUAGGCAGUAGAUCUUACAUGCUACAGUUCAGAAAAGAACAUUUGCUUCACGCUUCAUUUAAAUUCAGAGAAGUUAGGUGUUUUGAUUUAUGACAGUUAAAUAACUAUCAUGCUAUUAAUGUUUGGCAAAUAGCAUGCUUUUUAAUAAAUCUCAUCUCUGUCAGAAGAACCCUGUCAGAAAGGAACCUCCCCCCCCAUCCAUUUGUUGUCAAUGUGCUGCAGCUAUUCAGUUCAUUUCACAACAGUUACUUGCCUACCAAAAUAGAGAUAAAAAUUAAUAGCUUGCCCAUUGCUACAUGCAUGAAUUUUGGUGUGGGGGAAUCUUUAAUUUCCAGUUUUAGAAAACACUGGUUGUAAAUAGCUAGUUGUUCUGAGGAUUACCAAACUUUUCUUAAAAGAAGAAACCCUUAAAAGGGAUGGGGCAGGAAAUACUUUGACUUUUUUUUUUUUAAAAAAAAAUCACUUUUAUGUAACCUCAAAGGAAUAUAUAGAAAAAUCACGGCCAGAGUCUGAGAGAGAGGCUUUCAUUUUAUGUUCUUCUUUAGGAAUUCUAGCUGACCAGUGCAGGAACAAAAAAUUUUUUUGCCUGAACUCUGACUGUGGGAGUGUCUAUAUACAGUGGUACCUCGGGUUAAGAACUUAAUUCGUUCUGGAUGUCUGUAUAACCUGAGAUACCACUGUAAUCUGUACAGGUAAACUGUACCUUUGUUGUAAUCUCCUCUUUAUCCUUCUUAUAAGUACAGUGCUACCUCAGGUUACAUAUUCUUCAGGUUACAGACUCUGCUAACCCAGAAAUAGUGCUUCAGGUUAAGAACUUUGCUUCAGGAUGAGAACAGAAAUCAUGCUCUGGCGGUGCGGCAGCAGCAGGACGCCCCAUUAGCUAAAGUGGUGCUUCAGGUUAAGAACAGUUUCAGGUUAAGAAUGGACCUCCAGAACAAAUUAAGUUCUUAGCCUGAGGUACCACUGUAUCUACAGGGAAACUCCCAAGCACUUUAUAUCUGAGUCAGCCCUGAUGUCUUUCUAGUAUGAGAAAGAACAAGGGAUAAUUGGAUGACAUUUCUACUUCACUUCUGGCACUCUGAAGAACUCUUUUUAGCUGAAAACUAUCUCUUAAUAUUUUUGCUUAGAAUCGAAUCUAGACCACUAGUCUGUCAAGGAGGUCUGGCACUUGCAUCUGACACUUUUUGUGUUACAAAGACACAUGUUGUGUCUUCAGCAAAGCGAGUUGUUUGCUACAUUAGUUAAAACUAAUUAGUUCCAGUUUUAAGGAUUAUAUGUUGCCUGUUCCAAUACAUGCUGCCUUGCGGCUUGCUUGGUUCAGUAUUUAGUCACAUGUUCCAGUCAAAUUGUGGUUGUAUAAAAACGGCAGAUUCAUCAAUUAAACUCACAGUUGUGCACAUAAAUUAUAACUGGCAGUUACAUUAAUAUAAGUUGUUUACAAAUUGGAUAAAACAAAUUUCAAACUACUUUACAGAAAUGUAUUCGCAAAUGCUUUACAGAUGUUGGUGGUUUGGGGCUCUGUUCUUUCCCCUGAAUGUUCCAAAAUAUUUCCCAUAUAGAAUCAUAGAAUUGUAGAGUUGGAAGGGACCACAAGGAUCAUCUAGUCCAACCCCCUGCAAUGCUGGAAUCUUUUACCCAACGUGGGGCUCGAACCCACAACCCUAAGAUUAGGAGUCACGGCUUGCUUGAUAGGCACUCUGUCCUUUGUGCAAUCAUUCUUCUUGCUGCAUGGAAGUUUGUACUUGGUAGUGGCACCCAAGCAUACACACCCUAUCAGAUAUAAAGAGUGCUUAUGUAUGAAAUGGACACUUUCGCUUUAAAAUAGGUUUAUUUAAGCAGAAACUCCUUUCCCAGUCAUCAAGAAUAUGUUUUUUGGAAUGAAAAGUAAGAAUUUACAUGUGCACAUAUUGUUUUUCGUUUAUUGUGACCAUUUGUAGUCUGCUGUUUAUUCAAAGGUCCCAGUGUAGAACAUACAUAAAUAUUUAAAACCAGAAAUUAACAAUAUAAAGCCUUGCAACAUACAACAUCAGUACAAUUCGCAACAUUAUUUAUUUAUUGGUUAAAUUUGUAUCCCACCCUUGCUCCCAAUAGGGCCCAAGGUAACACCUGUAGUGUAAUCUUUGAUACUGGCAAUGGAGGUAAAAAACAUCACCUAGGGAAGCAACUUUUUUCCUUUCUCAUAUAUUGCAGUAUACCUGCACUGUUGCAAUUAAAAUUUCCCCAGGAAAUCACCUAUCCAUGCCUGCAGCCAUCUCAAUUCAUGUCUUGAUUUUACCCUUUCAGGUAUUUAAGAAAGUGAAAACAAAACCAGGAUGUUUGCAAAAGCAACGAAGAAUUUUGUGAGAGAAAUUGACUGUGGAGGAGACUUGAUCCCCGUAUCUCAGCUCAAUAACUUGGACAAAUUACAGUUCCUGAACAUAGUGACAAAGAAGAAGAAAACCUGGUGCUGGCAGAAACCCAAGUAUCAUCUCUUAUCAGUCACAUUGAAUGAUGUGCUUGCUAAAGAUGAACCCAUAAAACCAGGUAAAAUUAGUUACACGUUGCCACAGGAGAUAAGAAAGUAUAAAGUCCAAGCCGUUAAUAAAAAAAGUAUUUCAAAUCAGACUGCAGAAGAUUUGCCCGCUUUAAUUUUUGAAAACUUUUAAAUAUUCAGUUUCGUAAAGACAGAUGUUAGGGACACGGGUGACACUGUGGGUUAAACCACAGAGUCUAGGACUUGCUGAUCAGAAGGUUGGCGGUUCGAAUCCCCGCAACGGGGUGAGCUCCCGUUGCUCGGUCCCUGCUCCUGCCAACCUAGCAGUUUGAAAGCACGUCAAAGUGCAAGUAUAUAAAUAGGUACCGCUCCAGCGGGAAGGUAAAUGGCGUUUCCGUGCUCUGGUUCACCAGAAGCAGCUUAGUCAUGCUGGCCACAUGACCCGGAAGCUGUAUGCCGGCUCCCUCGACCAGUAAAGCGAGAUGAGUGCCGCAACCCCAGAGUCGGCCACAACUGGACCUAAUGGUCAGGGGUCCCUUUACCUUUUUAAAGGCAGAUGUUGCCAUGUUAAUGCAUUUUAACAUGUCCUUUUAAAGUAUAUAUAAGAUACUAAUAAAUUUUCCAAUGCAAACACAAAUGGAAUUUUAUUGCACUGAUGUUCUUAAGUGGCUAUCAGGCUUUUCUGUAUUUCAGAUACACAUCCUCAAGCUGGUAACUUUUAGAGGAGUAAGUCUGUUUCAGAAGAAAAACCCACAGCAUUUUUAUAUGUAUUUGCUUAUUGAUAAAAAUAUGUAUAUACCAAUAACUUUAUAGAAAACAUGUACAGCAAAUAUAAAACCCACAGGAAACACAAGAAAAAUGGGAAAGCAAAAAAAUUACAAGGAAAUGGCCAAUCACAUAAUAUUCAUCCAAUUGAAAAGUCCUGUUGACACACACACACAAAUAAUACUAAAUAUAAUACUGAUGGCGCUUCACUCCCAAUGUUCCCAUAUAUUAAAUAACAUUGGGGAUAGCAGAGUCUUGUGAUGCCUCGCAGACAUAUAAGAUUUAUUGUGGUGCAAGUUUCUGUGAGCUAUAGUCCACUUCAUCAUUAGGUGCAGUCAGGAUGAAGCAACUUUAGCAGAACUUAGAAUCAUAGAAUUAUAGCAUUCUAUGAUUUCUUCUUGUGUUUCCAAUCUAAUGUUUUGGUGGCUAAGCUACUUCUAUGCUUUUGCUUGUUUUCCAAGUGGUUGUGGAGUCUGAUUUUGUGAAGUACGAGGGCAAGUUUGAAGACUAUGUCAAAGGAAACAUUGAAACUUCAUUUGGAACGAUUAAUCUAGGAGCUGGAGGAAGAGGUGUUGUGGAAAGCCAGUCGUCAUUUGGAAAUCUGAAAAAGCAAGAAGCUGACUUACAGAAGCUUAUGAAGGAUGUCAAGGGAAAGUAGGUAUUCAGCUUCAAAGCAGUUAUCCUUGAGAAGUUAUUAUUAUAUAUAUAUUUUGGAAUGCACUUAUUAUUAAGGCAAUGUAGUUGAAGGUGCAACAUUUCCACAGUACUUUCCAAAAUUGUGAAUUUUUAUAUAUAUAAUAAGUAUUUAUUUGUUAUGAAACAAUCUGCAUACUUAAAAUCGGAAUUAACUGACUUUGCAAUAUGUUUUGCCAUUUUGCUCUGAUGGAAGCUCUCAAGGUAAGCUAUGUAAUGACAAAGUUUCAAGCUACCGUAUUUUUCUGUGUAUAAGAUGCCCCCAUGUAUAAGACGACCCCUAUUUUUUUAACCCAAAAUUAAGAAAUUAAGUUAUUUAGCUUUUUGGGGUGGGGGUGGGGGAGGUCACUUCCACAAGUCGCUCACCCAUCUGCCCACCACUGCUGAUCGCUUGCCACAGCCACUGCCAAUUGCACAACUCGCCGCAGCCACCAAUUGUCUGCCCACUCGCCUCCACCAACAGCCCACCCACCCACUUGCUGUAACUGCCAAUCACCUGCCCACCUCACCACAGCCACCAAUCACCUGCCCAAUCGCUGCUGCCAAUCUCCUGCUUGCUGCUGCCAUUAAUCACACAUCCCCCUCUGCAUUCACUUUCCAUGUAUAAGGCGACACCCAAUUUUUGCCUAAUUUUUUUCUGCAAAAAGCAUCGUCUUAUACAUGGAAAAAUAUAGUAAUUCUACCAAUGGACUAAACCAUGACAUUGCUUCUCUCAUUUUUUUUUCAAAUGUCCAUAACUUCUAAGGGGUAAUUAUUAUUAUUUCAGGACACUUUUAAUGUGUGCUGUUCUGUUGUGGUGUUGUUGGGGUUCUGUACAUCAGAGAUUUCCAAAAUGCUUGUUGUGACAUGUUAGAGUGUUGGCUGUAGUGUGUAGGUGCGUUGCACGAAUGCUCUCCGCACUUCUUCUGGGGCUGGGAAGGGGUUAGUUUAACCUCCAGUUUGCUAGUAAAACUGACUAUGUCGCGAAAUGAUGCAUGUCUAAAAAGUGUGACACCAACAUGGAAAGUUUGGAAAGCUCUGCUGUAUAUUAUGUUGGAAGCUGUGCAGAGUGGCUGAGGCAACCCAGUCAGAUGGGUGGGAUACAAAAUAAAAUAUUUUUAUUAGCUGAGUUAGUCUGUUAUGGCAAAGGCAACAAAGGGUCUUCUAGCACAUAAAACCUUAAAAACCCAAAAACCUUAUGCCAUCAUAAUUACGGUAGCAUGAUCGUUGGUGCCUUUACUGAUCUUUCCAUAAUUGCAGUGAGCUAAGUAACCACCCAACUGGGUGUGGCUUUUAAAUGGUUUUUAAUUGAGGAAGAUACAGAACAAGGUAGUGCCACAACCCGGUAAGCUGUUGGGCCAAACUGAAGCUUUAUAGUACGGGUCGUGCUUUGUAAGCAUGCCUGAAAUUAAUCCACUGGAAAGCUGUAUUUUGAAUUGGAUUAAUAGACAAACUAACAUGGGGCUCUGCUUGGUGGAAUGUGACAGAGGAUUAGAUUAGUGUGUGCUGGUCUAGUUAGCUCCCUUCCGAGGGGAUAAAACUUGGCUUUAUACAAUUGCAGGCGGUGUUUUGGGUAGAGGGAAUUAGGUGGUGGUUUAUUGCUCCAGCACACUGAGGAGAGACAAGAAACAAGAUUCAGAGUUCAAACCCCUUUGCAAUUUCAUAACUAUAUGCUAUGGGGAUUUUUUUCACCAAAACAGUAAUUCUUUCCACCCCCAACUCCUUUGUGUAUAUUUGUGCUACUCCUGAUCAACAUCUGUAGAAACCUACUGCUUCCUAUGGAAUUGAAUAGCCGUAGAAUGAAUUAUCCUUGGUGUUGAUUAGUCAUAUAGACUUAUUUACUGAUGUAUGUCAGUUAGGUAAAGUCAAGAGGGAAUAGGUAGAGUGUAUACUAUAGACAGCAUCUUAAAAAGCAGAGACAUCACUUUGCCAACAAAGGUCCGUAUAAUUAAAGCUAUGGCUUUCCCAAUAGAAGUGAGAAGUGAGAACUGGACCAUAAAGAAGGCUGGUCGCCGAAGAAUUGAUGCUUUUGAAUUAUGGUGCUGGAGGAAACUCCUGAGAGUCCCAUGGACUGCAAGAAGAUCAAACGUAUCCAUUCUUAAGGAAAUCAGCCCCAAAGGACAGAUUCUGAAGCUGAGGCUCCAAUAUUUUGGCCACCUCAUGAAAAGAGAAGACUCCCUGGAAAAGACCCUGAUGUUGGGAAAGAUUGAGGGCACAAGGAGAAGGGGACGACAAAGGACGAGACGGUUGGACAGUGUUCUCAAAGCUACCAGCAUGAGUUUGACCAAACUGCGGGAGGCAGUGGAAGACAGGAGGGCCUAGUGUGCUCUGGUCCAUGCAGCCAUGAAGAGUCGGACACAACUAAACGACUAAACAACAACAACAACAAAAUACUAUAGAUUAUAAAUAGUAUUUAUACAACCUUUAAGAAGAGAGACAACAGCAACGUGUUUGGAAUCCCAUGCAGAGAAUGCGUAUUUGGAAUCGCACAGAGCAGGGCAGUAGGUAGCAACAACAACAACAAAAGGGGGUAGUGAAAGGACUGAGUAUUCGGUCCUUCUCCUCACCUGUGUAAACAACCCUUCUGCUUCAAAUACAACCUCCUUAAGUGGCUUUUCCUUGGAGGACCAUCUGGGAUUUGUUACAAAUGUUUGCAUGUAACAUCUAGUUCAGGUAUUGAGUCUCCUUGAAACAGAGGAAGGAGCAAGAACUUUUGCACUUAACCGUGCAGAAGAAUGAAUAUCUCUUUAAUUGCUAUCCUCCUAGAUUUACCUGUUAAUUGAUAUUAGGAUGCAUUUUCUAGGCACUGUAAUAGCUAGCUUGUAAAAGCUUGCUGCAAUUGACGUUAUUAGCUUAACAGUGUGCCAUUAACAGGUUUCUUUGACUAUAAUGAAUCCUGCUCUCUGGAGAUUAUUAAGGAAGUCUACAAUCUUCUUUGGGGAAAUAUUUUUUCCCAUUCUCUUGGCACAUUGGGACAUGAUUACCUAUUAAUACCAUUAGAUUUUUGAAAGGAUUGCCUGCUCCCAUAGAAACCAGCCUUGUUGAGACUUUCAUCAGAGGUUCUUCUUGUGAAUGCCCCUGCUUGCUCACAUGACGUGGCUGGCUGCCAGGUAUCAGGUGAUGCCCCAGCUAUGGAACUGCAUCCUCAGAUUGAUUUACCAGACUAGCAAGGAACAUCUGCUUGCAAAACUCUUGUUUGUGCCUCUCUGGUUUGCAAUUUGCCACCAAAGAAUGAACACUUUAUCAGCCUCUUACAGAUCAGUGCUCUGCACGUAGUUCAUGGGUUGUCAACCUGGUCCCUACCGACCACUAGUGGGCGUUUCAGGAUUCUGGGUGGGUGGUAGGGAAUUCUACAACACAAGCUGAAUCCUCCUUCCAUCGAGCACUGAUGGGCAGUAAGGAGAUUUUUACCAUCAAGAAAGAUGCAUUAGUGGGCGGUAGGUAUAAAAAGGUUGACUACACCUGAUGUAGUUAAUAAAGAUACUUUUUUUCCUGGGUAGCAAUUUUUGUCUGUUUCAUACUCCUUCUUCAGGGCUGUUAAUCUGCACAAUACAUUGCUGCAACAAAUGCUUGAAAGAAAGCAUGAAGUUCUUUGUAUCCUGACAAAAAGAAUAGUAACAACCCAGAAAUGUUUAAUAUCUGAACAUAUUCAGACAGAAGAAAAAAUGGCUAGUAUGGUGGGGAUAAAGACAAAAGUUAUCAAGGUAAGAACUGGAAAAAAAUUGAAUGCAGUUCAUUAUAGAUACGUACUGUUGAAUUGCACCAUGCACACAUUUAACUUGAGUGAUUUCAGCUUUACGUACUUGGCGGCUGGCCAGCUGAAAUUGUACAAAAUAAAUGCACGCAGGGCAGAGAGCUGAAGAACUCUCAGAAUGGCUUGCCAGGCUUUGGGAAGCUCUUGUGUGGACUCUGGGAGGCUGUCACAAGAUCUCAGAUAGCCCUGCAAGAUAUGGCAAAAACCUCCCCAGAGCCCAGUGAGCAAGGCGGAAAGCACCUUGCGUGGGGCAAGAUCUGCUCGGCGCACCAACUUCAAAAAGGUAGGGAUGCUUGCACGGGAUACAUUCCAGGGUUGUUUUGACGAUACACAAUUUUGGCUUUAUGCACAAUCCCCGGAACAUAACCCCUGCAUAAGUUGCAGUUUGACUGUGUUUUCCUAAAGUAAACUGUGACAUGUUCCAUUUAGCGUCUUAAGAUUAUCUGUGCUGUUAUAGGCCCCUGUAGCUUUCCUGCUUCUGAACAGUUCUUCACAAGUAUGCAGUGAUUCCACAUGCCGAGGUUCAGCUCUGUGGGACAUUCUCCUACGGAAGCUCAGUUGCAAGGAAAGCUUUGCAAUAAUACAUGCCUUUAAUUUCCUCGUUUUAUUUCGGCACAUGCUGGGGAAGCUCCUUAUGGAUUGUCCCCUAAGUCUAAUCAGGGGUGGGAAAACCUUUGGCCCUCCAGAGUCUUUUGGACCACUACCCCCCACCAUCUGUAACCUUGGGUCCUGAUGGCUGGGGCUGGGGAAGCUGGAGUCCCAACAACAUCCAAGGAAACCACAGGUUCCACAUCCUUUGGUCUGCUUACUAAAAAUUACAUGGCUUCAUAGAACUAAAGUUCUGUAUACAUGUUUGUGCCUGCUCACCCCCCACACCCCAGCCCCACUACUUUCUGCUGGCAGGUGUUUCAGAAUAUUGGUGUCUGUGAAAAGAAAAAAUCAUUUCCCUAUGGCAGGAUUACUCUAGAGCAGUGCUAGCUGGGGGUGCCUUUGGGCAAGAUACCUCCAACAGGCUCUGCUUUCUGCACCCAUCUCCACCUUGCCACUGCCCUUUACUUGCCCUCUCCUUCUUGGUGCAAUCUGCAUGACCACCCAGAGGGAGAGUGCAAAGCAAGUGGAAAGCAUUGCUUUAUUCUCGCCCUGCUUGGAGAAGGGAGGCAGCCAAAGAAAGGAAGAGGAGCAUCAGGGCCACGAAGCUCAGGAAGUCAGUAGCUGGUCUCUUACAAAGCUUUGAACCCAGGUGCCCAGUGAUGCUGGCCUCUGCCUCUGAAUCUGCUCCAGAUUAAGAUUUCGAGACGGCUCUUUUAAAAGAGUGAACCCUGAGCGAUCUGAGGGACGUUUGUCAGGAUGCUUUUCCUAAACGUGUACUUAAGACACUGCAAAAAUGGCGCACCAUCUUCUCCGUGUGGAAAUAUUCCUGUCCAGGUUGGAAGCUAUAUAUCAGCAUAGAGGUGCUUUGCCAAGCCUAUGUCACAAACUCAGGCUAACAAUACAAAACACUUGCAUUGGACUGAAGUCCUAUUAAGUCUACUGCUCUGGUCAGCGGUGUAGAAGCUCACAAGCAGUGUUACAGAGAUGGUCCCACAUGGCUGUGUCUCUGGUACCCUGGUAAGCAGAAAGUUAUAUACUGCCUCUAUUGCUGGACGAUCAAUAUAUAGCCAUGGAGGAUCAUUCUUAUGGUAGACCUGUGGCCAAUUCCAAUAAUGGUUUAAAAACCAAUUUAAGCUUUUUUGGGCACAGCCAACUAGCAGAGGUUGGUAUAUUAGGACAAAGGGGGCACUGUCCUGCCAAACUCAGCUUGCCCUCUGACAUUCCUCAUCUGCCUACCCUCUUUCUUCUGCAUCAGGCAGAGCUCUGCCUGUCCUUGUUGCUGGUUUCACGUAAGGCUUCUCUAAUGGGCACCAGCAACUACUUGUGGUCAACCUUGUGGAAACAAAUUCUGUAACAUCUGCACCCUGUGAAAAAGAACACAUUUUCGUUUUCUGUUUCAUCAACUUUUGUAACUGGCUUAGAAAGGAUGGAGAGAGCCUUUUUUGUGGUUGUUGUUUUUUUGUAGUGCUACAUAACUAAGUAUGUUGUUUAUCUUAACAUUCAUUUUGUCUGCAAGUUAUUAGUGGCACUGAAUUAAGCCAGUGUAAAUUAAAGAGCGGAUUAAUAUCUCCCUCAGGUAUCAGUGAGUGAAAAUGGGAAUGUGAUAAAGGAUUCUAAUGUGAUCUUGGAGAUCCCUGCUCCCACAGCUAUUGCUUAUGGUGUAAUAGAACUUUAUGUAAAGCGUGACGGACAAUUUGGUAAGUAAUAUGUUCAUCUUCUUCCCUUGAGCAGCAUUACCAGCCUCUGUAGCCUGAUGAGCGAUGCAUAUUUGCUAGGAUUAGGACAUGAUACAGUCAAUCAAGUUGUUCACUGUCCGAUAACUUUUGAGUAGAGUUAGAGGGGGGAAACAAUACAAGGAUUUGGAAGUGUACACAGUUGCUUAAAGCCAUUCUUGCCUUUGCUGAAUUUGAAAAUGCACUUUUACAUUUAAGAGGGACUCUGUCCACAGUGUGUUGUCUUGGGUGUAUUACAAAAGAGUCUGUCUGUUAUCAUAAAUGAGCAAACGUAUUAGUGACACAAGAGUCUUACUCCCCAACAGAUCCAUCUGUCAGAGUCGGUCUUGUUCUUUUGCUAACUCAUUCAGCUGCUAUAAUCCAUUGUUGCUCAUACACCAUCUGCUUUCACAGUAGAGUUUCUCCUAGCCUUCUUUUCAAUCAUUCCCCUCCUGCUGAACCUCAAUAGUACUUCAUAAGCACCCUGCAGGGUUUUGUGUAAUUUUUGGUGGAUGUUUCGGCAAUUUAUGGAUGUUCAACACAAAAAUGGAGGCAGAGAAAACUUCUUCCACUCUGUUCACUGCCUCUGCCUCCCAAACCUCCCACGGGACUCAAAGCAUCAGGCAGGAUACAGUUAAAGGAGUUCUUGAAAGGGAAAUUCACAGCUUUGCAGUAGACACCCAGUAAGGGUUGCCUUAUGUGACCUGCAAAAAAAAUGAUCUGACUAGUGCAGGGGAACCAAUUUGUCAAAUGGGUGGGACCACCCACCUGUCAAUCAACUGACAUCAUAAUGGUCAGGGGUGGCCCAAGACAUUUGGGUACCUGAGGCAGACCCCAGAAUGGCGUUCUCCCUAUCAGGGAAGAUCUACAUCAGGAACAACGGGAGGAGAAGGAAGAUCAACCUACCACCUUGCCCCGUGGGUGGGCUGGCUCUCAUAAUGGUGUCAGGUGGUUUGGCACUUUGACGUUCCAAAGUCAGGACUUCGAAGCACCUUGCAUGCAGCAAGGUGUGGCUAUAAUGAAGGUCUUUCCCUUCAUUUUAGCCACUGCUGCUGUUCUGAUACAAGGAAGGAAAAAGCUAUUUUAGCAUCACUUUACUACUUGUGAAGGUGCUUCGAAGCCCCAACUUGAGGACUUCACAGCACAUUCAAACUGAGCAGGAUUCAGGAUGGGGAUUGCGUUGAAACCACUGCUUGAAACAAAGGGGAGAACUUCAUUUUAGCAGAGUUUUCUAUCCUACUUAACACUGGGUUAACCCGAACCAUGCAGGAUUGACCUCCCUGGCCAAUUCUGCUUUGUGCAAUGCUUUAGAAGCUCCCAACAACCAAGUGGUGGUUGGGCACUUCAGAAGCUGCCCAAGGGGGCUUUAUAGGUGUAGGAUGGGUGAGCAGGUGUGACUUGCCCAAAAUGGCUUUGUGGGCAGGCACAGUUUGGCCUGUGGGCAAGACCUUCCCCAUCCCUGAACCAGUGAGAGGAAUCAAAGGUUUCCUCAUUACGGCCCUCCAGAGCUGGUGACCUGCAGUGCCUCAGACUUAUAUGUGUCCAUAUAAGUUCACUGGGCCAAACUGAUGUUUGAAGGACCUGAUGCCUGAAUUGACCCUUGCCUGCUGGGUAUCUAGUAUGCAGUGAUUUCAGACAGAAUUUCUUUUCUACCAUUUAUUACCCUCUUCCACUUGCUCAUCCUUCUCAGCAGUGCAAGAGUGUCUUAUAGGCUUGCCUGGAACUCAUUUGACAUUGGCAAAAGGCCAGUGAAAAGAUCCAUCUGAGGGGCAGGUUAAAUGCAAAGCCUUCAAGCACCUCAUUUGUUUGCAGUGUUCAUGGGUGGUAGCAUAGGAGUUUUAUUUGGCUGAUAUAAGAGAAUGGAGCAGAUAUUAUUGUUGCUGUAGUUAUCAAGAUAUUCUGGUUCAUCUCCACAUAUAAAUUUUAACACUAUGGAUAUAAUUUGAUAGAGUGCUUGUGUGUAUGCACAGAUCUUAAGAUGACAACUAAGCAUGAACAUUAAUGAUAAAAUAGUAACAUUUCCAGCCUCUAUAUCUUCUCCCUAUUGGAAUGGUUUGUUUGAUCGAGAUAACAAGUGCAACACCCCUGGGUUUAUUAACUUCUGCCCUCUUCGUUGCUGCCCUGCCCUUUUUGGUAUUUGGUGAUCUUAUCUCUCAGGCGUCAUAUAAGAUGGAUGUCUCCACUAUCUCAAUUUAUGUAUAGGGAAAGUUCUGGUGUUUUAUUAUGUUUUUAUGUGGGGUCUUUUAUGUGGAGUCUGCUAUAGAACAAGAGUCCACAACCCUACCUCAUGUGGGGAGGCCCAGUGAACGAAGUGUGUCACCAAGCAAAGCAUAUUUCCUCUAAUACCCAGUUAGUCACUCCUCCCACAGGAGCUAGUGAAAUAAGUAUGUCAGCAUGGGAACGUAGAUGCUGCAAGGCAAGCUGUUUCCACUAUUCAGGGAGAAUAUGCUAUAGCAGAAGGGCGUUCCUGAUCUCUUUCCUUGGUGCCCAGCAACUUGAGCAAAGAAUAACUCCCUUCAAAUUGGGCCCAUAAAAGUUUUAUUGACUUGUGUAGUAAUGUUUUAUGGCAGCAAAUCGCAAGGGAUUAUUGCAUGCUUGAUGCUCGAUCAGUUUUCCAUACAGUGGUACCUCGGGUUAAAUAAUUCGUUCCAGAGGUCCGUUCUUAACCUGAAACUGUUCUUAACCUGAAGCACCAAUUUAGCUAAUGGGGCCUCCUGCUGCUGCCGUGAUGCCAGAGCCCGAUUUCUGUUCUCAUCCUGAAGCAAAGUUCUUAACCUGAAGCACUAUUUCUGGGUUAGUGGAGUUUGUAACCUGAAGCGUAUGUAACCUGAAGUGUAUGUAACCAGAAACCUUGGUAGGUUUCUGGAUGAAACAUCGGCUCUGGAUCCAUUCCAGUCUGGCUUCCGCGCUGGUCAUGGGACCGAGACGGCUCUGGUCGCCCUAACAGAUGAUCUCCGCAGGCAGCUGGAUCGAGGCGGGUCGGGGCUGCUGAUUCUUCUAGACCUGUCAGCAGCCUUCGACAUGGUUGAUCACGAACUCCUGGACCACCGCCUUGCCGACGUGGGGAUCCAGGGCACAGUCCUUCAAUGGCUGCGCUCGUUUCUCUCCGGUCGGGGGACAGAGGGUGGCGCUUGGGGGGGCAUUGUCAUCCCGCCACUCCUUGGUGUGUGGAGUGCCUCAGGGUGCGAUACUCUCCCGAUGCUUUUAACAUCUUUAUGCGCCCCUCGCCCAGCUUGUCCGGAGUUUUGGGCUGGGUUGCCAUCAGUAUGCCGAUGACACCCAACUCUAUCUGUUGAUGGAUGGCCAUCCUGACUCGGCCCCAGACACACUGACCAGAUGUUUGGAAGCUGUGGCUGGAUGGUUACGCGGAAGCCGGUUGAAGUUAAAUCCUUCGAAGACAGAGGUCCUCUGGCUGGGACGGGACGAUAUGGGAUUGGGGGGGCAACUCCCAUCUCUUGCGGGGGUGCAAUUAGUGCCAGCACCGUCCGUUAAGAGUUUGGGUGUAAUCUUCGACACCUCCCUCUCUAUGGAGGCGCAGAUUACAGCUAUAACAAAGGCGGCAUUUUUCAUCUCCGCCAAGCUAAGCAGUUGGCCCCUUAUCUCUCUCGCCCUGACCUAGCCACUGUGAUCCACGCGACGGUCACCUCCAGACUGGAUUAUUGUAACUCGCUCUACGUGGGGCUGCCCUUGAGACUGACCCAGAAACUCCAGCGGGUGCAGAAUGCCGCGGCGAGACUCCUUAUGGGGUCUUCGCUGCGAGACCACAUUCAUCCGGUACUAUACCAGCUGCACUGGCUCCCGGUGGAGUACAGGAUCAGGUUUAAGGUGCUGGUUUUAACCUUUAAAGCCCUAUACGGCCUAGGACCCUCGUACCUACGGGACCGCCUCUCCUGGUAUGCCCCACAGAGGAACCUACGGUCUGCAAAUAAAAACAUCCUGAAGGUCCCAGGCCUCAGAGAGGUUAGGCUGGCCUCAACUAGAGCCAGGGCUUUCUCGGCUGCGGCUCCAAUCUGGUGGAACGCUCUGUCACAAGAGACUAGGGCCCUGCGGGACCUGACAUCUUUCCGCAGGGCCUGCAAGACAGAGUUGUUCCACCAGGCCUUUGGUCAGGGCCCAGCCUGACUCCCACCUCCGGCAACCUGCACAGAACUUUGCUUAACGGUUGCCAUUAAUUUGAUUUUAAUUAAUUUUAUAAUGAAAUGUUUUUAGAAUGUUGAUUAUUUGAUUGUUUGAUUAUUUGUUUGUUGUUAGCCGCCCUGAGCCUGGCUUUGGCUGGGGAGGGCGGGAUAUAAAUAAAAUUUAUUAUUAUUAUUAUUAUUACCACUGUAUUCUGUUUCUUCCCAUUGAAUUGCAAAAAGGACCAAGUCUAGAGUUCUGGAUUAGCACCAUCUGUACCCUUGGUAUAUCAUCUCCUUUAUUCUUCUGCGAUGCUCUUGGAAUACUUCUUCUCUUUGCUAAAUUUCACAGUGAGUUUACCUCUCUGUAGCCCUGCCCAUUAAGAUGUCCUCCAAAUGGCCAGAAUGUGUAUGAACACAGUCUCAGCUCACUUACGGUCCCCAUCUCAGAUUCUUGCUCACUUUGCAUCCACAGUGAGCCUCUGGUUGCAAAUUGAUAUAUCGAAGUGGGGUAGAAGUAAAUCCUUGCCACAUAAUUUCAGGGUAGCUUGUAUCUGCUCACAAGGGGCUGCUUUGCUUUAUGCUUCUAUGUUUUCCUUCAUUUCCAGUGCUCUUUCUGGAAAUGCAUCUGGUAGUAUUGGUAGCACAUGUGGCUCUUUAUAACUCUUAGCAAACCACAGCCCAUAUUUCUUCGUGGCUUUGCCAGCAUGGAACACACAGUGCCUUUUUGCCAGCUAGAAUUAGGGAAUUGUAAUCAUGCAAAUAGGCUUUAGGAAGAGUGGGAAGGGCAGUGCUCUAACAGCCACUGAUAUCACAUAGCUGUGAAUAUUGGACAGUUGACCAGCUAUGAUAUGGUUUGUCCCCAUUAAUAUUUGGGGGGAGAUCCUUCGGCUGUAUGUACACUCUACAUUUAAAGCACAUUUCGUCGUUGCCCCUAAGAAAAAGAAUAUUGGGAACUGUGGUUUGUUAAAGGUCCUGGGAACUGUAGCUCUGAGAGAGGUAAAUUGCAGUUCCCAGAAUUCUUGGUUAGGCAAUAAGUUUUAAAUUUGCUUUCUGUAUGGUGCAGAUCUGGAUCACAGGUCCAGAUGCCACUUACUCCUCGCUGCUUCCUAUCUGGCUUAUGAAGAUAUCUUUUCCUCCUGCCUGAUCCUGGAGUUCAGAAGGAUAAGGCAGGCUUCCAGACAGACUUACUCACUUGGGACAUUAUUAGAUAAGAUUGCCCUGGGAACAGAAGUUAAUUCAAUAGUGUUACCAAUAUCUCUUCUUUCCAAUGUUCGCAGCCAGCUCUUAUUAGCUUUAACAGAGGCACAAGAAGCGCCAUGGUGGAGUCUCAUUACUCUUGGGAAUAGCUUUAAUUUGUAUUGCUCUCCUCCCCCCCCCCCAUCUUGCCGUGUUGCUUGCCUGGGUCUCAAAGGGUUUUUAAUAUGCCAACAGCUCCACAAACAAUUGCUUCCUUCAUCUCAUUCUCCAGCACAGAGGUUUGCGUGGCCGCGGCCUUUUUAUCUUUGAUGGAAAUGCUUCUUUCCUGGUGCUCUGUUUGUAUUUCCCUUUUUAUACACGUCCUCAAUUCAGUGAGAAGGGAUAUGGAUGUGGAACAGUUAUAUUUAAAUUCUGAACAUGGGCUGUGAAGUUGACAGUUAGCAUUGCUCCUCCCGUCUCACAUUUAUCCUUAAGUCUGCUGUUCUCUUCAUGCAGAUUUCAUUACAGUUUUGCAAGAGUGCUGGGGAAAGUGAAAUCUUGUCCAUUUUCUCAUAGAUCCGUUUCUCAAAAUAUCCAUGUUGUUAACUCUGGCUCUGAUGAUAAUAAUAACAAUAUAAUAAUAAUUUAUUAUUUAUACGCCGCCCAUCUGGCUGAGUCUCCCCAGCCACUCUGGGCGGCUCCCAAUCAAAUGUUAAAAACAGUACAGCAUUAAAUAUUAAAAAUGUCCCUAAACAGGGCUGCCUUCAGAUGUCUUUUAAAGAUAGGAUAACUGCUUAUUUCCUUCACAUCUGAAGGGAGGGUGUUCCACAGGGUGGGCGCCACUACCGAGAAGGCCCUCUGUCUGAGAAUUUGUUUUCUACGCAAUUGACAUGGAAUCAGGUACCUAGAUGAAUGAUGGACUCUCCCUCACUAGGGGUCUUUAAACAGAGCCAGUAGAAAUCUAUCAUCUGUCGAGGGAUCUUCUAGCUCUUGAAUUUUUUCAGAGGAAGGAGUUGAACUAGAGCAGUGAUGGCCAAACUUGGCCCUCCAGCUGUUUUGGGACUACAAUUCCCAUCAUCUCUGACCACUGGUCCUGUUAGCUAGGGAUGAUGGGAGUUGUAGUCCCAAAACAGCUGGAGGGCCAAGUCUGGCCAUCACUGAAGUAGAGGGCCUCCAAAAACCACUCCCACUCUUUUAGAAAGUUCCCAUCCACACUACAAAUUAAAAGAGCAUGGCUUCCACCUCCAGCCCCCAGAGAAUCCUCGAAACCAUAGUUUGUUGAGGGUGCUGGGGCAAACUACAGGAAUCUUUGGAAGAGGCAAUGUGCUUUAAAUGUAUGGUGCGGCUGCAUCCAGAAACAAAGCAUAUAAUAUUAUUUUAGUUUUUCCUUCUGCAAAAUGAGAGUGCUGCAAUCUGACUGCUAUAUGUAUUUUCUAAAAGCUUAUAAAGCAUAGAGUGAAUUGGUUGUGAUAUUCAAAAGCGCUCGCCCCCCCCCUCUCUUUUUCAAACAAGAUCACACCUUGAAUAGAAAGGGGCGGGUUGUUUAGCUGCUGCCUCUUCAAGAUUCCAUAAGAGUUCUCUGAAAAGUCAGGAAAAACUUCCUUAACUCAAAGUCCUUUCCUGGCUGGGCUGUAUGUGCGGCCUGAUGUCCACUAGGGGGAGUGGUGGAGCCAGAUCCAAAUCUAACCAGUUCCAUCCUUUGUCAAAAGCAAAUCUGCACAUAUUUCUGUGUGGGCCACGCAGAGCAAACUUAACCCAAAGGUGUGUAGUCAAGUAGCCCAUCCUAUGGGAAUGGUACUUAAUGAUAGCAAGCCACACAAUAUUUAGGUUUUCAUUCCACUGUCUUUCUGUACAGAUGGGACAAAGAGGGAGUAUGAAUCCUGAAUCGCUAGGACUUAAGUUCCUUUGGGUGACAGCAGAAAAACUGUUAACGGUAUUCAUCCUAGUAGUUUGCUUCUAUUAGCAAAUGUGUAUUUUGAUGAAUGGACAGCCGAGUAAAUGGACAGUUAGAUACAAUCUCUUUCACAUAACUGUGGGUCUCGUGGUGUGAUGUGGUAUUUACCGUAACAUGACAGGGGGGAAAUGUUUCUCAUGGCAACCUUCACUAGUUAAAAAAAUUUAAACAUGGUACUUGGAUCCAAUUCUCAUUUAUAUCUUUGAGGAGCUGUAAAAUAAACAUACCAUGUUUUAGCAAACUUGCUAAUUAGCUACGAUUGUGUAGCCCUCCUUCCCAACCAGUUAAAGACUUGCGGGGCAGUAAUUUAGCAAUUUUCUUUUUCUCUCUAAAAGUUCAGGUGCACAGGAAGAAUAGUUUGGCGUAUGUGUGUGUUUGGCAGGCUAACAUGUAAUCAAAAGGCAUCUUCUGGGUAAUUUUUUGUUGCUGUGUUUCCAAAGUCUUUCUGGAUAACUCAGUCAAGCCCUUUCUGUUUGACAGAAUUCUGCCUGCUACAUGACCAAGAGGGUGGCUUUGAGAGGGAGAGCAUGGAAGGACCAGCUUACCAUUCUGCAGCUUUCCGAUAUCCUUUCUUCCCCCAUCUUCUGGAUGCUGUCGAUAGCGAGAAUCCGCCAGGCCCUGUCCCCAGUGAUGCCCCAUUAAGUGUUUUGAGCAAAGGUAGGACUGGGGGGAAAGUGUUAAGAAGUACAAAAGAAAACCUGGCUCACAUUAGGAACAAAAUGAGAGAUCAACCUGUUUUCAGUUUUAAAUAGGCCUUCUGAAAAGCUCUUAGAAAUCAGGGUACACAAAGGAACGUUGGGAUGUGUGGGGGAGGAGAUUGGUGGAGAUACAUCUGCCAACCUGAUUGCUGCAGCAUGGAAAGAGGGGUUUGAAAUUCCCCUCCUGGUCUGUACUUCCAGCUCUUGAACCUAAGAAAUAGACAAUUAUAUUGGUAUUGCAGCAAACUUCACACCCAGCCUGAGCAAGACAGUGUUGUGCAACUUACUGUUAAAUGGAGAGGGAAACACUGGUGUCAGCUGCUGGUUCAUAAAAUUCUCAUCCCUCCGAGUAGAAAAGGCCACAUGCUCCACGUGUUGAUAUGUACAAAAUAAAGAGGUGGUGUUUUGGGUUUGGGCAGGGAUUUUUUUAGUUACACUGGUCAACAACAAAUUUGUUGUCUGAGUUUUUUCAGCUGAUUUAGGACAAAUCUGAUGCGCUGAAUCCAAAAAUCACAUUGGUUUUGCUCAAUCAGGUCAAGUUUUUGAGCUAUGGCCACAUGUCUUUUUUUACGUUUUUGUUCACAUGUAUGCUUGUGUGGAGCAUUUUAGAAGAAGUUGGUGGGGGUAAAAUGCCUUGUCAAAUAAUUGUUUUGAUUGGAAAUGAUUAUUUUAAUGACAAGAAGUAUUCAGGUCCGAUAGUUCUGGGUGAUUAUGUCGAAAAGGGAUCAGUUUGAAGUCAUAAAACCUCGAAAUUUUCCAUAAAUUGGUGCAGCAAAGCAUAAAGUUGGGGGAUCAAAACUAAGUUAAUGGGGCAGCCACCCCACGAAGUAUCCUGAUCUUCAAUCAGCACGUCAUCCUGUAGCUCAUUGUGAUGAAAUUCCAGUGCCUAUCUUCGGAGAACUUCCUGACAUUAGUGACGAAGAUGCCUCCAGUGUUGAAGGACAUGAAGAAGAAGGAGUGGUUCUUGAAGAUGAUGCUCCACAUCCAUUUUCCCAAAAGGAGUUGAAUGAUCUAGUUUGCAUCCUCAGCUUGUCAAAGGACUCUGCCGAACUGUUGGUAUCCAGAUUGAAGGGAAAAAACCUCCUCUGUGACAGUGCUCGCAUCAGCUUCUUCCGCAACAGGCAUCAAGAGUACCUCCGUUUUUUCUUGGAAGAGAAGGACUUGGUGUACUGUGCAGAUAUUGCGCAGCUUCUGCUCAAGCUUGGAGUGCCACAGUACGAACCCAAAGAUUGGAGACUGUUCAUUGACAGCAGCAAGCGAUCACUGAAAUGUGUUCUGCUACACAACGGCAACCAGUUUGCCUCUAUACCCCUGGCUCACUCGAGUACACUGAAGGAGAACUAUGAAGCAGUGAAGUAUGUGCUGGAGAAAAUUGGUUAUGAUCAGCAUAAGUGGUUUAUUUGUGUUGACCUGAAGAUGGUGAACUUUUUGUUGGGACAACAGUCUGGCUUCACCAAGUACCCAUGUUUUCUGUGCAUGUGGGAUAGUAGGGACCGUGCUCAGCAUUACACGAAGAAGGACUGGCCUGUGCAGGAGGAAUUGGUGCCUUGCAAAGAAAGGAACGUCAUCAACGACCCUCUGGUGGACAGAGACAGAAUACUCUUCCCACCGCUGCACAUCAAGCUUGGCUUAAUCAAGCAGUUCACCAAGGCUCUGGACAAGGAUGGUGACUGCUUCAUUUACUUGUGCCAGGCUUUUCCAGGAUUGACCAUGGAGAAGUUGAAAGCUGGCAUCUUUGACGGUCCUCAGAUCCGUCAGCUCAUCAGAGAUCCAGAGUUCGGAAACUCAAUGAACGAAGUGGAACUGGAAGCAUGGAAGGCAUUUGUUCUGGUAGUGAAGAACUUUCUUGGCAACAAUAAGGCCAGAAACUACGCAGAACUUGUCAACAACAUGCUGCUUUCAGAAACCUGGGCUGCAACAUGAGCAUCAAGAUGCACUACCUAUUUUCACAUAUGGACCCGUUUCCUGAGAACCUGGGUUCAAUGAGUGACGAGCAGGGGGAGAGAUUCCAUCAGGACAUGAAAGAGAUGGAGACCAGGUAUCAGGGUUGCUGGGACGCAGUCAUGAUGGCUGACUACUGUUGGACUCUGAAGAGAGACCUCCGUGCCGCUGAGCAUUCCAGGAGUUCCAAGAAACAGAAGUUCAAGCCCUGAAGUUUGAAAAAUGGUGAAGCAACAUGCAAUUUAUGUGUACUUACCUUUAUCAAUGCCCACCAUUCAAUUUACAGAAAACCUGACCUGAUGGAGAGGAACGGAUGCCAUUUCCUGAUUCAGCAGUGCAAAAAUACCCUAAAUCAGUCGUAGAAAUCUAGACAACAUUCAAAAAGUAAAAAAUUGUUGCCCAGUGUUAUCAAUGAAUUGAGAUCCCCUCAAUGGAUCUGAGAUUGGUGUCCACCAUUGGAUAUAUUUAUACCACUCUUCCCCUCGAAGUGCGUAUGUGGGUUUGCUUUGGAUUCCCCCGCAAAAAUUGGGAGGGGAAACGAAUUAUAUCUUCCCCUUUGUCCACCUCCAAGUUGCUCUGUACAAUUGCACCCAUAUUUCUGGAGCAUUUUCUAUGCACACGUUUUUCAAGGUGUGGUUUCCUUUUACAUAGCAUGCUAUUGGUCUAUAGGCUCCUUUCCUGGACAACCGUUACGGCAUGUGAAGGUACCAAAUGUCAAAAUGUGGUGCUUUGGAACGUGUGCUUCCUGUUCUGCUUGGAAGGUAGAUCAUUCCUUGCCGUGAACUUAAUUGCGAACUAUUUUGGCUACACUGUGCCCCUUCCAAACUGUUCCAAAUUAAUGUUUUGGGAUGCACGCAUGGAAUAGCAAUUUUUUGCAGAGCAUUUGUUGCACAGCAUGGAAACAUUUUCUUAAUUAAAUUCCCCAGCAGAGGCUUACUUAGCACCUUGACCCUGCAGAACCUUGUUUUUGCUCAGGAAGCGCCGCCUUACUCGACAAAGUCAUGAGAGAGGUAGAUGCAGAAGCUGUAAAUGAGGGUCAAAUUGAGAUUUAGGGCAGCGAAAAUUGGUUGCUGAUGUGCGCUUGCUGUAUCUUGCCCAAUUAAGGUCUAGUCAGACAAAGUUGUGAGAAGAAAAAGAAUUAGUUUUCAGGACAGGGGAGAGCAGGUUGCAGCUUGCUUUGCCUUACAGCUUUGAAGCUGCUUUUUCUGCUUCAGCAAAGAGCUUCCAUAACACCUUUGCAUAAGGCCUCUGAAUGUGGUCUUUUCCCCAAGUUGGUCCAGAGCUAUGAUAAAAAUCGGCCAUUUUUCAAUCAAUGAAACAAAAUAGGACUUUCUCUGGAACAGGUAAAUUGAUUGAAGAAAAGGAAUCUCUCUGUAUUGCUGAAAUUGAAGUGUUUUUUGGUUGAGUCUCCCCACGACUGUUUUCUUGGUUUGCUGCUCUAUGUGACUAUUUCAAAGGCUUGUGGCUGCUUCUUGAUUUCAUUGGCUUACUCUACCCAGUUCAAGCAAUCCUUAAACGUAUUUGCAACUGAUCCAAAUUUAGGCCUCAUUUGCCAUUCAAUCCCAGGUUUUAUUAUCUGCUCUAUAAAUGAAUAGUACGUGAAUGUACUAUGGGUUUUUCUCUUUUACAGGCUGAGUGCAUCCAGAAAAAGCAUUUAUGUUGCAGUUUGAGUUAUGUUUGAGUUCCGGGCAUUCACUUUGCUAGCUACUCUUCAUACAUUUUCUGCACAUAAAAGCUUCCUCUUUCUAGAAUUGCAGGUUGUUUUUUAAAAAAGAAAUCAGUUUUCAAAAUAAAUGCUGCAUUUGUAGAGUUGCCCCAUAAACACCCUGAUAAAUCAUAAUGGAGUAAAACAUGUACAGUAUAUUUAUAUAGAUGUAGCAUUUAUUAAAAUGAAACAAAAAACCAAGAAAUAAGUGGUGCAUUGGGUGAAAAAGGGCAAAUUCAGCAUUUUUAAAAAAGUUUCUGUUAAUGAAGAAGAGGCACAACAAUAAUUAGGAACAGAUAUGCUGUUUAAAAAAAAGUGAGAACCUGGGGCCCUCCAGAUGUUGUUGAACUCCAAAUCCCAUCAGGUCCAGCCAGCAUGGCCAAUGGGAGUUGAAGUCCAACCUCUGGAGCGGCACCGGUCCCCCGCACCCCUAAACCAUUUGCAGAGUUUUACCUCUCUAGUGCAGUGCAAGCUUUCCUGCAACAAAACCCAGAAGUGGAAUGCAAAGUAGUUAACAAAUGGAGGGCAAAUUUGGCACCUCGCUGUGAUUUCUAUCCCAGGAAAGAUUGUAUUGUUACGCCUUGAAAACAUAUUUAGUAGUAAUGCUCUAAUUCAGAAAUGGAGAUCUUGUCGUCGUCCCCCGCCAAAAAAAACUGCAAGCCCCAGCCCCAGCCAGCAUGGCCAGUGGUCAGAAAUGAUGGGAGUUGCAGUCCAAUAUCAUCUGGUGCUGCAUCCCUGCUUUUAAAAAAUGUUUCAUUGAACUGGUCACCUUUGGUUGAGAUGCUGUUGAAAGUGUUGCCCCUUCAAAUCCCUUUCAGUGUGGUUUCUAUCAGCUUGCUUAAUGUGUGUCCCCUUUUGUCUCCAAAAGAUGCCUUGCAGUUCAAGACCCAUUUCCAGCCCUUCAUGAAGCUAACAGAGGAAAAGCAGGGAACUUUAUACCAACUACUCUGUGAUUUUCUGCUUCAGGAAGAAAUGGUGACUGAGCUGGAGGAUGUGGUAAUCUUUUUCUUUCUUUCUAAAUACGCAAACUUUCUCCUUUUUAUUUAUAAGCAAUAAUAGCUGAUUUUUGACCCCCGCCCCCACGGGCUGAUGUAUUUCUGGUCCCAUGUUCAGCAUCUCAUCAACACUGUCUGUUCUUUACAGCUGGACCAUAUAUGUACAGAAGACAAACCAGAACUCCUUGUAAUGGUGGAGUCAAAGCCACCAGAGCAUAAAAACAUAGAGGAUUUCUUACAGCUUGUUGGAAUCCGUUUACGGAACAAACAGUUCCUGCAAAAGGACCCAUUUUCCAACAAGGAGCUCCUCUUAGCGGCUCACAUCCUCCUCAGUGCUAUAGCAGGUACAGUAAGAAAAAAGAAAUUAGCUGCUUGGUGGUUCUAGAACUGGGAAAGAAACACCCACCCUGAAAGACUUUGGAAAACGGACCACAGCUGUAGGCUAGAUUGGGUCAAUGGCCAAAUUUUGUGUGAAGCAGUUGCCAUUUCUUCCCUUCCAUGACAUCAUUUGUCUACUCUAUUCCAACUCCCUGCGAUAAAGGCAUAUUUCGCCCAACGUGGGACUUGAACCCUCAACCCUGAGAUUAAAAGUCUCAUGCUCUGCCGACUGAGCAAUUUUGCUUUCUCCUGUGAUGCAGGAGAGCAUGCAGUCUUGAGCAGCAGCAUUGCGAGUGCAAAGCUCAGUUGCCUGGUUCAAGAAGCCAGUUUGCUACAUUCUGUGAAGUCGAUGGCUGGUAAAUUGAGGCUGGGAAGAGAGAUGUUCGCUUCUGCUGGGAAACUUGUUAAGCUAUUGCUGGUUCCUAAAGAAUAGCGAUGUCUGUUCUGCUACUUGAUUAUUAUUUUUUAGGAUUAUUUUUCUCAUUCCCUCCCCCCUGUCCCCCAAUUCUAGAUUUCAUGAGUUUACGUUGUUAAGGUUUCCAUAUAGGCUUGUUUCACUGCUAUGUACAAAUUUUCAAUUUCAUCCUUCUCAAAGUUUUGGUUUGCCUCUUAUUUCCUUGCUGCAGAACUGUCCGAUUAUGCGCUUGUCCUGCUUCGCGCCUGCUGUGAACUCCAGGUUGUCCCUGCUCUCUGUUGCUUGGUAAGUCCUGCAGUCACAAGUGUGCGAAGUCACGAUAGCAGCGUGGCUUUGCCCCUUGCAUCAUCCACGGCCGGCAUGGCCAGUAAUCAAGGAUGUUGACAAUUGUCAUCAGUAGCAUUUGGACUGCCAGAGGCUCUGCCAUUCCUGGCACAUAUGGCCCCACUCCCAUUAUAGCCUCACAUGAGCCCUAGUAUAGGCUGAGAGAUACUGACUGACAAGGUCAUCUAGUGAGUUUCCUGCCCGAGUGGGGAUUUGAACUCAGGUCCUAGUUCAGCACUCUCUCUAAAUAUUUUAAGUUCACCCUCGCUACUGAAGAGGUUCACUUGAAACUUCGUUGUAAAUGCCUCUUAACCUUUCUUUCUCUCUGUCUCUGAACAGCCUAACAGGACCUCAGCGGACGGCACGCUAACACUUGCAGAUCCAGCGCUAGCUCCCCUUGCUGACACCCAAAGGUUUCAGAUAGCACAAAGGCUGUUUGCUUUAUCAAACAUUAACCUUGAGAUGACCGAGUCUUGCAUAAAAGCUGUAACCAUGAAGAAACCCAGAUUUUCCCCAAUCAUUCUCUAUAUAGCAUUGUAUGGACUUCAUGCAUUAGGCUGUAAAACAGCUCAGGCUUGAAGCAGCGGCCUGGGUGGUUUAAUAGGAUAACUAACGGCAGUAUUUAAUAUCUGUCAUAAUAGAGUUGGACCUGGCUGAUUUGCAUCAUUACAAUGGGAACAUGGGCAAAUUGGCUGUGCCACUGGAGCAUGGCAGAAGUUGAAAUGGAGUGUAUAAAUGAAAAUAUUGAAGAGCCAUGCAAGGGUGCUUCAUCUGCAAUGCACAUAUUAAAACAGUUUUUGUCUCCUC